UGGACGUCCCCGCGCAUGCGCGCCGCUGGGGAAGAGGCCGGGAGGGGUGACGUGACGGGGGCGCCGAGGGCAGGCAGCGGGAUGGAGCUGCGGUGCUGCCGCCGCCUCGCCCCGUGCUCCAGGACCACCGCCUACACCUUCCUGCUCGGGGGAGUGUUCAUUGCGCUGGGCUCCAGCCGGAUCCUCCUCAUGAAGUAUUCUGCCAACGAAGAUAACAAAUAUGAUUACCUUCCUACAACAGUGAACAUAUGUUCUGAAGUAGUGAAAUUGUUCCUCUGUUUGAUAUUGGCGCUAUGGGUUAAGAAAAAAGAGGGUUGUUUGGAUCAUCCCUUUGGAUGUCUUUCCUGGAAGAAUCUUUGUAAUUCCAUGAAAUGGUCAAUUCCUGCCUUUCUUUACUUCUUGGACAACUUGAUUGUCUUCUAUGUGCUGACCUACCUCCAGCCAGCAAUGGCUGUACUUUUCUCAAAUUUUGUCAUUAUAACAACAGCUCUUCUCUUCAGGGUAGUGCUAAAGCGAAAACUCUCUUGGGUGCAGUGGGCAUCUCUGGUCAUCUUAUUCCUGUCCAUCGUUGCCCUGACGCUGGGAACUGGAGGCCAUCAGCAAAGCUUGGCUGUACACGGAUUCCAUCACAAUAUGUUUUUCAGUCCAUCUAACCACUGCCUUCUUUAUACUGGACCUGAGGAAAUGUGUGUUGAAAAGGGCAACUGUGGAGCACCAAGCUUCCUUCCCAGCUUCCAGUGGAACGUCACCAGUACCAUGGCAGGAGCGCUGAAACCUCUCCGCCUCAGUCUGGGACAUUUGCUUAUUCUAGUGCAGUGUUUCAUUUCUGCCCUGGCUAACAUCUACAACGAAAAGAUCUUGAAAGAUGGGGACCAGCUUGCUGAAAGCAUCUUCACGCAGAACAGCAAACUGUAUGCCUUCGGGGUGCUGUUCAAUGGGCUGAUGCUGGGUCUGCAGGCUAAGGACCGGAGGCAGAUAGGGAACUGCGGCUUCUUUUAUGGGCACAACAUCUUCUCAGUGGCUCUUAUAUUUGUCACAGCUUUCCUGGGGCUGUCCGUAGCCUUCAUCUUGAAGUUCCGAGACAAUAUGUUCCAUGUUAUGACUGCUCAGAUCACCACUGUCAUCAUCACCACAGUGUCUUUCAUCAUCUUUGACUUCAGGCCUUCUUUAGAAUUCUUUUUGGAAGCUCCUGUAGUGCUUCUCUCCAUAUUCAUCUAUAAUGCCAGUAAACCAAGAGGCCUGGAAUUUGCCACUCUGCGGGAAAGGGGCAAGCUCUUCAAAGGAGACACGUGGGAGAGGUCAAGUGGGGAUGGAGAAGAGUUUGAGAGACUGAACAAACCAAGCAGUGACAUUGAUACGGAUGAAGAUUCGCUCUAGCAUGGAGCUGGCUACGAGGAAUGCUAUUACUCAUAGUGAGAGAAUGUUAAUGUUUCCUUAACAUAGCGAAGGGUCCUUUUUUCCCAUUUGCAGAACAAUUGAGACUACUUUGGGCCUGGAUGUCGGAGAUGGAUGAGGAAAACAUUCAAGCUCUUAAUUUGAGCCAUUUGUUUUUGAGAGCUGUUUUCCCUCUUCCCAUCUGUGCAAAUUAGGAGUUCAAAAUCUGCUGAAAUAAACAAAGUUUAUACCUGCAGUGAACAAGAAGAGGCUUGGACCCUGGACUCAGUUGUCUGGGUGACAUGCUGCAUUGGAGGGCAGUCCUGGACUCUAACCAUAUGUCUUUCAUCACUUUAGUUGACUGUCCUGAGUCACUGCAAGUUCCUGUAUGAAUUCCUUGGUUAGCAAAGCAGAGGUGAUAAAACUUGUCCAUGUUGCAGAAGUGAUAUAAGGGUUGAUUGGCUUCUUCCAGUGUAAAAAUGCUUCAUUAAGUUUUCUUUUCAGGGCUUAAGAUAUUACUAAUAACCUCAUAAAUAAGAGGUGUUUUGACUAUUUUACUGUAUUUUGGUGAUUCACAUUGAAAUAUCCCUAGCUGAGUGAAAGAGCCCCCCGAACCAAUCUCAUCAAACCUUGACGUGAGAAUGUAUAAUAAUCAGAUAACUUGUCUGAAGGAUCAACAUAUUCUUAAUCCAGCAGAAUCUUUUUCAGUUUGAAUGGUCUUAAUUCUGUUUUCAUUCCUGUUUUACACCAGUGUAACUCUGUACUGGCUCCUGUGGAGUCCUUUUUGAUUCUUUGAUGUGGCUGAAGUAGAUUUCACUGACUUCAGCCACUAGCUCUCUCACAUUUCCAGUAUGAGACUGUUGUGUGCCUGUCUCCUGAUGUCUGGGGGAACUGAAAUUUGGAAUGCCUUUGUCGAAAAUAGUGGAUUUUAUUUGCAACUUAUGUGGCUUAACUUUGAAAGAUCCUGAAUAAAACAAAAGUGUGUUAUUUGGUAUGAAUGUAUCAUAGGGUCUUUAUUGCAUUUUGAACGGGUAUGUGGAGACGCUGACUUUGCACUGGGGCCACUAUCUCAAAAAGGAUGUUACGUAGCUGCAACGAUGCCCUGCAAUAUCUGGAACACUGAGCAGGAGGGUGCAGGUGUUAAUACAAUUUGUUGUUGCUCUGGCAACUCAGACUGAUAAGUUUGCAUUCAUUUUUGUAGAGAGCAAAAUCAUUUUGCAAAACGUCAGACACGGUGAUCUCAGAAUCAUUGUGGAGGAGUCUGCUGGAUUGUAUUUUCAGUGAGAUGAAAAAUGGGUUCAGAGUAAUUCAAGGAAUUUUAAAAAUGGAAGGAUGAAGGGAACAGUCAAAAACAAGACUUUGAUAAUGGAAAGAUAGCUGUCAAAGGAAUUCUUAAUGAAGGUAUGCAAUGAGUUCAGUGUCAGCCUCAUACCCCAGUGUAGCUUAAUCAAUUACUGAUGCAUUUCUCUGUGGACUGAAGACAGUUCUGCCUUUGUUCCCCUCUGCCACCCUUUUUCCAGGCUCUGUGUGCUUACUUACACAACUGUCUUGGUGGCUCAUUGCUAUAUUAAUUAACAUACCUCCUGUCGUUGAUCCAUCAAGCAGGGCAGCCUGUUUCCAGUUGUGGCCGAUGACUGUCAAGUUAUAAACCAUGCAUGUGAAAUUCUUAUUCUGAUUUCUUACAUCUUUUUUUCCAGGAGUAUGAUCUUUUUCUAGCAUGUAUGAAGAAUUACACAAAGUGAAAUUACUGCUGUGGUUUGUUUAUAUGAGCUAACCUUCUAAAUAUGUUGAGCUGAAAAAUGUUUUACAGCUGAUCUUGUGCUAGCAUAGUAGCUCAUUUUAUCAAAAGGAAUCUUAGCUGUUUGGAUUUGUACAGAAUGAAUAACAAAGCAUAUUUGAAUGUAAAUUCCAGAAACAUGAGUUUUGUUGGUGUGUAAUAUUCUAUUUUGGGAAACAAAACUUCAAUGCAAAAAAAAAAGCUCAAACUGUUCAA